UCUUCUUCUUCAAUGUUUUUCUUCUUCAAUCUUCAGUCUUCACAGGUUUGUUCUCGCUCUUUACAACCCAUUGAAACAACUAUAAAGAGAUGCUUUAGUUUGUUAAACGGAUGGGAUUUUGUUAGGAAUGAGCUGCUUGUAAACAAGUUCCAAUUGAAAAUGAUCCUUCUUUCAAUAAUCUAUUCUAAUUUCUAAGUAUGUCUCUCCAAAACCUCCUCAAAACCCUGAAAACUGUGAAAAGAAGUCACCGUCCAAACUUUUCCCCUACCCCUAAACCCUACCGGGAAAUAACGCAAAUUAUCUCUAAACCCCUAAAACCCUCCUCAGCUUCCAAACCACUCAGCGCCACAACCACCACUUUCCUCUCCAAUCUCAACCCCACCACACUCCUCCAUGUUCUCACUGACCCAGAACUCAAAUCCUCUAAAUGCUUACGUUUCUUCAAUUUUCUCCUCCACAACCAAUCUCUCUUGUCCUUCAGACCUGACCUGCAAGCCCACUUGACCUUAAUUUGCAGGCUUCUUAGGGAAAGAAGGUUCUCAGAUGCUGAGAAAACCAUGAAAUCUGAUUUGGUUUGCCAAAAUCCCAGGUACCCAUUUUCUGUUAUUGCCUCUACAGUUGUGAAUUGUUGCAAUGAUCCAAAAGUUAUAGCCAAGUUUUUCAAUUCUAUGCUUAAGGUUUAUUCGGAUUGUAAAUUGUUCGAUUUAGUUUCUCAGGAUUUUGAUUAUAUGAAGAAUAAUGGAAUUGAGAUUGAUGAGAGGACUUGUACUGUUCAUUUGCUUGCACUUAAAAGUUGUGAUCUUUUGCAAUUGGUUUUAGACUUCUUUUAUCAAAUGGUUGAAUCGGGUAUUGAGGUUUCUGUGUAUUCUUUGACAGUGGUGGUGGAUGGGUUGUGUUGGAGUGGAGAGGUCAAGAGGGGUAGGGAGUUAGUGGAAGAGAUGAUUGGUAGAGGAAUUAAGCCCAAUAUUGUUACAUUCAAUGUAAUGGUGAAUGCUUGUGCCAAGAGAUGGAAUUUUGAGGAGUUGGAUUUGGUUUUGCUUUUGAUGAAAAAGGAAAGAGUGGCAUUCAAUGACCAUACGUAUAAAGUUUUGAUUGAUGGGUUCACGAGUUCUGGCAAGGUUGACGCAGCUAACAAGUUGGUUUUGGAGAUGCAUGAUAAAGGUUUAAAAGUGGAUACUCAUUUGUACAAUUUGAUUAUUGAUAGGUAUUGUAGAUUGGGGUCUAUGGAUGGUGCAAUGUCAAUGUUUGGUGAAAUGACUGAUAGAAGUGUUUUCCCUAACACUGAUACGUAUUGUGCUCUGAUAAGUGGUCUUUGCAAGGCUGGAGAAAUGGGGCUGGCAAUGGCAUAUGUGAAUAUGAUGCAGGGUAAAGGAAUGGAACCAGAAAAUGUUAUGUUUAGUAUGUUAAUUGAUGGUUUUUGCAAUAAAGGGAUGGUCGCUGAAGCUUUUGAGGUGCAAGUUCUGAUGGAGAAGAAAGGAUUUGCUACUGAUUUAACUGUGUGUGACAAGAUAGUGAGUGGGUUAUGUAAGUUGAAUCGGUUUGAGGAAGCAAAGAGGCUGCUGAACGUGAUGGUUAAAAGAGGUGCAACCCCAGAAAUAGCAAGUUUCACUAUGCCAUUUGAUAUUUGAAGCAGACGUGGGCUUUUUUGUGGAAGGGAAAGGACUGUUUUAGAGGAUGGAGCAAUGGGCAUGUGUUCUAAUAUUCAGCACUUUGAUAGACGGGAAAAGGAGGGAAUUGCCAAGAGGCUUGUGACUUAGCGGCAUUAUCCAAUUCUCCCAUGAAGGAGAACUUGGAUUCUAAUCUCCUUCCCCAAAUAUAAAUGUAGCCCGUACGCUUGUAGUUGAGAUGAAAGAUGAAGGUUUUAUUCUGGACUGGACUCAUUCUUAAAUUAGAGUUCCUGGAAACUCUUUUGUUGCGGAAGGUGAAAGAUUCACUAAGCUAUUCUGUGAUACAUAUAUGAGGAUGCAUACAUGGCAAAGUUUUCAGGCUUGUCAAAGGACUGGCAAUUGGCAAUCAAAUGAAGCUUGGGAUAUGUAUGAUGAUGAGAUAGUAGAGAAUUGUUAAAGGUGACAGGACCUUAUCACCUCUCUUGAUCUUGGGCUUCACUCGGCUAAAUAUAUGACAGCUGUGCACAGUAGUCAGUAGAAGCAUAUAUCUUAGACAGUCACACAGUUAAGAGCAAUUGCUACCCACCUGGGAUAAGCAAAAAUAUAAUUGUGUAUAAAUAAUUAAUGAAUAACGGUGUUUAAUAAAAUUGA